AUGUCCAAGUCCGACUCCAGGGCGGAGAAGAAGGUCGCGACCCCGUCUAAGAAGCGCAAGCUUACCGAAGCGGAGGAAGAGGAAUACGGUACCGCGGCCGCCGUGCCCAAGAAGGCGAAGAAGAGCAAGCAGGACAAGGGCAAGGGCGACAAGAAGAAGAGCCACAAGGAGCGCAAGGCCGAGCAAGCCGAGGCUCUGAAUCAUGAGGAGUUUGAUGUUGAGGAUGAGGCUAUAGAUGUGGAUGCUGUUGUGAAGGGGGGUGCUGCGGUGGAAGAGGAGAAGAAGAAGAGCAAGAAGAGCAAGAAGGAGAAGAAAGAAAAGAAGAACAAGGUAGAGGAGGCUACUGAGACGACGACAACUGUGGACGAAGAGGAGGGCAAGAAGAAGAGCAAGAAGGACAAGAAGGCGAAGAAGGCCAAGUCUGGUGAGGACGACCACCCUGUGGAAGAGGCCGAGGGCGACACGAAGAAAACAAAGAAGGGAAAGAAGGCCAAGAAAGAGCAGGAAGGAGCCGAUGGCGAAAAGGAGAGCAACGUCGAUGCUGUCAAUGAGGACGAUAGCAAGCCUGGCAAGAACAACAGGUUCAUAUGCUUCAUUGGCAACCUCCCUUACACCGCGACCCAAGCCGACAUCAAGGCCCACUUCGCCGCCCUGAAGCCCACCUCCGUGCGCCUCCUGACCGAGCGCAGCCAGCCCUCAAAAUCCCGCGGCAUCGCCUUUGUCGAGUUCGACAACUACGCGCACAUGAAGACGUGCCUGGCCAAGUUCCACCAUACCGAGCUCACCGACGCCAAGGGCUCCACGCGGCGCAUCAACGUCGAGCUGACGGCCGGUGGCGGCGGCAAGACCGAGGGCCGCAUGGACAAGGUCGCCGAGAAGAACAGGCGGCUGAACGAGCAGCGGGGCAGGCGCAUCGCGAAGGAGGAGCAGGAGAAGCUGGAGAAUGCCAAGGCGAGGGCGGGCAAGGAAGUCGUGCAGAAGGACGAGGACCGCGAGGAACAAAUGGUUCACCCGAGCAGGCGUGCUCACGUCCCGGGUCGCAGGUCGUAG